AGUCGCGCUAGCAGUCUCUCUACCCAUAGCCCCAGCAUCACAAAAUGCCAUUCAAGAUGAGGCUCCCCUUGGCGGCACUCCUCGUCCUUUUUGCCGCAGAUCUGUGCCAGUCGCAGGGUACAAAGUACGGUCUGUGGACCCCAGAUCGUGCUCAUUCCGAUGCCCAGCCUAUUCAGUGGACGGGCGGACAGUUUGAGUUCCCCUGCGCCAGCACCAAGUCGCUGUUCAAGAGCUCGGGCAAGUACAUCUCCAAGAAUGUGAUUGCCACACGGGCACAGCUCAUUGGGGACACCAUUUAUCUGGCGCUGCCACGCUACAGGAAGGGUGUGCCCGCAACUCUGGUCAAGACGAGCGUAAAGCCGGGCACCUGCUCGACGACAUUUAAGCCCUAUCCCUGCUGGGAUCUCCAGGAGGAGGGCAACUGCAAGGCGCUUCAAUCAGUAGUGGAUCUGGUGGUGGAUCAGAAUGAGGUGCUCUGGGUCCUGGACACGGGCAUUGUCAACACCCUCGAAACCCCAGUGAGAAAGUGCCCGCCUAAAGUGGUGGCCAUGUCCGUAAAGACCGGAAAAGUGCUGAAAACCGUCUCCCUGGAGGGCCUCACAUCGAGCAGCUCUCGCCUGCAGUAUCUGGUGGUGGACUAUGCCCCGGAUGGUGGCUGCUUUGUGUAUGUUAGCGAUGCCGCCAAUCGUGCCAUUAUCGUGUACAAUCUGCAAGCGGAUCGCGGCUUUCGUGUGGUGCUGCCCAAGGCAGUCUCUGCCGGCUGUCGCUCCAGGGAUGUCCUCUACAUUGCCCUCAUACGCAGGGAUUGCGGCACCACCGAGCUGUACUUUACGUACUUGAGCACCAGCAAGUUGUUCUCGCUGAAAUCUGAAUAUCUACGCAGUGGCGUGGCUGAUGGACGCAUCUUGGAUCUUGGCAAGAAACCCACUCGCAUGGUCAUUAUUGGCACCGACAAUGGCUCUGCCAUAUUCUUCCGCAAUGAAGGCGAUGCCGAGGUUUAUCGCUGGGACACAAAUUCCACCUUUGCAGAGGCCAAUUUUAAGCCCGUUUACCGUAGUCAAACGUGUCAGCUGGUGACCCAUGCUGUGCCCGAUUACAAACGGAAUACGAUGCGUGUUUUGCAGAGCAAUUUCCCCGAUUAUAUGCAGAAUCGUGUUGGUUGUGGUGCCAUACAGCAAUUGGGUCUCAUGCAGGGUUGUUGGUAGUCCCACUAUAGACACCGAUGCGACAAACACACAGUUACACUUACACACCCAUACACACUAGUACACACACAUGGAACCCCACUCUGAAUUUAGUUCCUUUUGGCUUUAUAGAGUAAAGCCACCUGGAAAUGGCAGUUUGGCUUCGAGAAUUGCACGAGAAGGAGAAAGAGAGCUUUGCAGUCCUCUUUGUUUGGCCUCUUGAAUGCAAUUCUUUAUUUUUGUACAUAAACCAAUCGACUUUUGUUCGCUGUUGUUAUCUAUGUUAAGCAAAUAAACAUUUUAUUGCUCU